UUUGCUUCUGCAGCUCCUCCAGUUACCACAACAUGCCAGACUGUUGCCUAGCGAUGCUGUGCUAUAAAGCAGCUUCCUGCACUCGUACCUGACACAACAUCCCCAGCCACUCAUCUCAGGUGAACCAGGGACCGCUGCAAGCAACAAAAACAUGCGUGAGUGUAUCUCCAUCCACGUCGGCCAAGCCGGAGCCCAGAUAGGCAAUGCAUGCUGGGAGCUCUACUGUUUGGAGCACGGCAUCCAGCCGGACGGUCAGAUGCCCAGUGACAAGACCAUCGGAGGAGGAGACGACUCCUUCAACACCUUCUUCAGCGAGACUGGAGCUGGAAAACAUGUUCCCAGAGCUGUGUUUGUGGACCUGGAACCAACAGUCAUUGAUGAGGUCCGUACAGGAACCUACCGUCAGCUCUUCCAUCCUGAACAACUGAUCACUGGGAAAGAAGAUGCAGCCAACAACUACGCCCGUGGUCACUACACCAUCGGAAAGGAGAUCAUUGACCUGGUUCUGGACAGGAUUCGAAAACUGGCCGACCAGUGCACAGGCCUCCAGGGUUUCCUCAUCUUCCACUCCUUUGGAGGAGGAACUGGCUCCGGCUUCACCUCUCUGCUGAUGGAGCGCCUCUCUGUCGACUACGGCAAGAAAUCCAAGUUGGAGUUCGCUAUCUAUCCGGCUCCUCAGGUGUCCACAGCCGUGGUGGAGCCCUACAACUCCAUCCUGACCACCCACACCACCCUGGAGCACUCCGACUGCGCCUUCAUGGUGGACAACGAGGCCAUCUACGACAUCUGCCGUCGGAACCUGGACAUCGAGCGUCCCACCUACACCAACCUGAACAGGCUGAUUGGACAGAUCGUCUCCUCCAUCACCGCCUCCCUGCGCUUCGACGGAGCCUUGAACGUGGACCUGACGGAGUUCCAGACCAACCUGGUGCCCUACCCUCGUAUUCACUUCCCCCUGGCCACCUACGCCCCGGUUAUCUCUGCAGAGAAGGCCUACCAUGAGCAGCUCUCUGUAGCAGAGAUCACUAACGCCUGCUUCGAGCCGGCCAACCAGAUGGUGAAAUGUGACCCUCGUCACGGCAAGUACAUGGCCUGUUGUCUGUUAUUCCGUGGUGACGUGGUUCCCAAAGAUGUCAACUCUGCCAUCGCCACCAUCAAGACCAAGCGCACCAUCCAGUUUGUGGACUGGUGUCCAACUGGCUUCAAGGUGGGCAUCAACUACCAGCCUCCCACUGUGGUUCCUGGAGGAGACCUGGCCAAGGUGCAGAGGGCCGUGUGCAUGCUGAGCAACACCACCGCCAUCGCCGAGGCCUGGGCCCGACUGGACCACAAGUUCGACCUGAUGUACGCCAAGAGGGCCUUCGUCCACUGGUACGUUGGAGAGGGGAUGGAGGAGGGAGAGUUCUCAGAGGCCAGGGAGGACAUGGCUGCUCUGGAGAAGGACUACGAGGAGGUGGGAACCGACAGCAUCGGUGACGAAGGAGAGGAAGAGGGGGAGGAGUAUUGAGUCUGAAUUAAAACAAACAAACCGAUGCUUUCUGGGCUCUUUUGGGCAUCAGUGCGCUUCAAACAAACUUUGCUACAUCGACGACUUAACUAUCUGAAAAGCACUUUGUUUGAAGCACACUGCAGCCCUUUUGUGUUCAAGCUUAUGAAGUCUUAAACUUUGGUUGUUUUUGGCAAUUAAAAAAAAAAAACUGCAACAUUUAGUCAAGUUAAAAUGUGCAUUCAUGCUUCACCUCUGCAGCUGCUAAAGUCUUUGCUCCUUUCUAUGCAACAUAACAAAAGAACUGUGUUUUAGCGUUGUACAGCCACUGUACGAUCUGAUUGUAUCGUAAGAAAACUGUCUGAUUAGUUGUGUUGAGGAGUUUUCCCUGUUCAAAUAAAAUCAUUCAGCUGUA